AUGUCUUCUAUACUCGACUCGCUGCCCGGCCUAGUCGACUUCAGCCAGAAGAGCUUGCUGCUGUCGGCUGGUGCCAUUGCAUUCAACCCAACAUUUUGGAAUAUUGUCGCCCGACGAGAAUACCGCACAAAGUUCCUCACGCGCAUCUUUGGCGGCAAUUCCCAAGCAGCCUGCUAUGCGUUAGCUGCUACCAUCUUCUCGCUGGGGCUCCUCCGCGACUUCCUGUACGAGCGGGCCCUGCGUGACCAACCCUCGCACCCAGCUCUGCAGGGCCCCCUGCCGACUGCCGCCGCAUAUGUGUUGCUGGCCUUUGGAAACAUCUUGGUUCUCUCCUCCACCUGGCAGCUGGGCAUUACAGGCACCUUUCUCGGCGACUACUUUGGCAUUCUGAUGGACAGCAUGGUGACGGGAUUCCCGUUCAACGUCACCAACGCGCCCAUGUACUACGGGUCCACCAUGAGCUUCCUAGGAACCGCGCUGUUAUUCGGCAAGCCCGCGGGCAUCUUCCUCACCGGAGUAGUGCUCGUGGUCUACUUGGUCGCCAUCCAAUUCGAGAACCCGUUCACAGCCGGCAUAUACGCAAAGCGUGAGCGCGAGAGGGCUAAGGCUAGCGGGAUGAAGUCCAAUGCGAAGAAGGUCCAGGGAAAGAAGGAGCUAUAA